UUCCGCCGGCGCCCCCUUCCCGACCCUGCUCCCCCCCACACCUUGUCAAAGGAUUGAAGCGACCCGUGGAGGUGCACGACGCCAGCUCUCUUCCUGGGGGGUGGGGGCCUGGGGGCUGCCAUGGCCCCCAGCCACCUGUCAGUGCGGGAGAUGAGGGAAGAUGAAAAGCCCCUGGUGCUGGAGAUGCUGAAGGCUGGCGUGAAGGAUACAGAAAACCGCGUGGCCCUCCACGCCCUGACGCGGCCCCCGGCCCUGCUCCUCCUGGCUGCGGCCAGCAGCGGCCUGCGCUUCGUCCUGGCCUCCUUUGCCCUGGCUCUCCUCCUGCCAGUGUUCCUGGCAGUGGCGGCUGUGAAGUUGGGCCUGCGUGCACGGUGGGGCUCACUGCCUCCACCGGGUGGCCUGGGGGGUCCCUGGGUGGCCGUGCGGGGCUCUGGCGAUGUGUGUGGGGUCCUGGCCUUGGCCCCAGGCACCAACGCAGGGGAUGGGGCCCGGGUCACCCGCCUCUCUGUCUCUCGUUGGCACCGUCGCCGGGGUGUGGGCAGGAGGCUGUUGGCCUUUGCUGAGUCGCGGGCUCGAGCAUGGGCAGGGGGUAUGGGGGAGCCCCGGGCCCGGCUGGUGGUCCCAGUGGCUGUGGCCGCUUGGGGGGUGGCAGGGAUGCUGGAGGGCUGUGGUUACGAGGCCGAGGGCGGCUGGGGCUGCAUGGGCUACAUGCUGGUGAGGGACUUCAGCAAAGACCUGUGACUCCAGGCCCCUGAGCAAGGGAAGGGAACUUCCCUUCACCACAGCCUUCUGGGGAGGAUGGAGAGGGAGGGAGGGAAGGAGGGAAGCCAACACCUAAUGAGCGCCUACUGUGUGCCAGGCACUUCUACAUCCACUCCUUUGGUGACUCCCCAGCCCACUCAGGGCCCAGAAACUGAGGCCUGCAGAGGGCAAGAGACCUCACCAGAGCAGCCUGACAUCUGCCCAUUUGCCCACAGUGUGAAGUCUGUAGUGUUUGAACUUCUCAGAGUGGAGUGAAUCCCUCUUUCCCUUCUUGAGCACAGGUCAGCCUGUCCAACCCCUGCCUCAGAUUCUGCCUGCACUGAGAAAUCUGCCUGGUCCAUCUGUCUGCAAAGCUUGUACUGUUUGUGCUAUAGCCCUGGGAGAUAUAUUUGGGGCGGGGGGAGAGAAGACUGAGCAAGUAUGUGCCAAGAGAGGAGAGAAUUAGGAUUUAGCGCCCCUAAAGGGAACAAGGUCUCCCUGGGAAUGGGGAGGGGUUGGAUGCCUGUCCUUGGAGGGGAUGAGUGUGCUGAGGCCAGUGGCAGGCACCUUUACAGGGGAGGUUGACUGCCCUGGGGAGUAGGGGCCAGGGCCAG